UACUCGUGUCGUGUCGCGUUGAGGUUUCGGCCACCGUUUUCUUAUUUCAGCAGAUUUCUUUAGGUAGUUUAGAGUUGUUGGAUUUUGCCUUUAUAAUAGCUUCACUCAUUUAUUUAUCUUUCUUUCUAUGCGAGUGAAUUUUCCAUUAUGUUUCGUUUUCCCCGCCUUAUCUAGCUUCAGAAAAUGUUGAACUGAUUCGUGUUCCUUGUUGAGGUGACUCUAUCGUUUGUGCUAUUUCGUUCAACGUUUUUUCGUUUUUUGUUAGAAUUUUGUCGGUAUCCUAAUGUCUUGUAUUCACUAUAAGUUCCGAAGUGCUUUAGAAUAUGACACAAUUACAUUCGACGGACUUUCUAUUUCGCUUGCCGACCUUAAACAGUCAAUCAUUACUCAGAAAAAAUUCGGAAAGAACAGUGAUUUUGACCUGGAGGUUACCAAUGCUCAGACGAAAGAAGAAUACAAAGAUGAGAUGACAAUGAUACCCAAGAAUUCUUCUGUGGUUGUUCGUCGUAUUCCAGUUGGUACAAAGAGUAAAGCUCAACUGGCAGCGGAUAGAGCAUCUCCUUUUUCAAGUGGAGAGCAGAAAACAAGUGGUUUCCAAGAUUACCAAGUUGUAAAAUCCAACAAGUUAAGCAAGGUGACUGAUUUGGCCAAUGCUGAUGCAUCAGAGGAAGAUAAGCUGAAGGCAAUGAUGAAACAGUCAGGAGAGGAUUGGGAUCCAUCACAGUAUGUGAAAGGGCGUCGUCCUUAUGCACCAGGUGUACCAGUGCCACAAAGCUAUGUUUGUUACAGGUGUGGAAAACAUGGGCACUUCAUAAGGAACUGUCCUACCAAUGGAGAUGCUAGAUUUGAUGUUCCAAAGGUGAAACGCACAACAGGUAUUCCUCGAACUUUUCUGAGCACAGCAGAGGGUACAUCAUCACCACCAACCAGUAGCCUGUCACCUUCAAAUCAAGAAGAUGAAACCAAAUCAAAAGGAAAAGAAAAAACUCCACAGUCUGCUGGUAACAAGAAAGUUCCUGCUGAGCUACGGUGCCCCUCUUGUAGCAAUUUACUGACAGAUGCUGUGCUCAUCCCAUGUUGUGGAACAAGUUACUGUGAUGACUGCAUAAGAAACUACCUUUUGGAGAAUGAUCAGGAAUGUCCAUCAUGUGGAACAGAGAAUGUUUCACCUGAUUCACUGGUUAUUAACAAACAGCUUAGGCAGGCUGUGAACACUUUCAAAAAUGCCAGACCUGCCAGCCCUUUUGUAACCCAAUUGCCACCAAAGACUAAUGAGGCAACUGCACCAACUACCACCAACACAGAUGGUAAACAAAUCACACCAGCAACUAAGGUUGAACCUGCAAGCAGUAGUCAAGAAAAAGCUGCCUCAGAUCCUAAACCAAAUGAACCUCAAGCAACAAAACUGACAAGUGAUGCUGAAAAUAGGAUAAAAGAAAGUUCCCCAAAGCCUGUCAAACAAGUAUCAAGUCAGCCUCAACAAAUCAGAAUCCACCACCGUGAUGGUCCAAUACAGCAAGGUCUUGGUUUGAAUCAAGUCAGGCUUCCUUUUGAUCCUCGUAGAAGACCAGGCGAUUUUCCCCUAAGGGGACCACCUCGUGUACCUGAAAUGCGUCACGGGUUAUCGGAACCCAUUAGACCCCACGGACUUCCCCCGGAACAUGUGCCCCGUGUACCUGCUAUCCGUCCGGGUUUGAGUGGUCUUCGCCACCCCGGUCCACCUCCUUAUCUCCCCCCGGCAAUCAGAGGGAUGCAUGCAGCAGCACCUGCUCUUCCUCGUAUGCCUCCUGUUCCUGCCCUGGUUGCGGCUCCUUUGCCACGCCAUCCAGCCUUCGGACCACCCGCGAUGUUCGACCCACUCCAUCCUGGCGACCGACCUGGGUCUCUCACGCCGCCAAUGUCCGAACGAGAGUUCUACAAAAUGCAAAAGAAACUAAAAACGAGAGGCAAGAAAAAGCGAGAGCAUUCGUCUACCACUCGUCCCAAAAAAGUUCCUAGGAAGGAGGGUAGUAGCUUCGACUUUGAUGACGAGCUCCUAGAAUACAGAGAACUUCAGAAAAGCCGUCAACGUUUACGUUCUCGUUCUUUGACUCCAACUCGCUCAUGGUCGCGCUCGCCAUCACUCCGAUCACGGUCAAGGUCACGGUCCUUUUCACGCUCAAGAUCGCGGUCACGUUCCCUUUCACGAUCCUCUGGAAGUCCCGCACGAGCGCCCACUCCAGAGGGCUGGGACGAAUCCAGGUCUCCUUCGCCUACUCCGUCACGUGGUCAGAGUGGCGGCGCAAAUUCUGCAGAAGAGCAGAAAAAGAGACAUAAAAAGAGAAGAAAGGAACAGAAAAGUACAGGACAGAAGAAACAGAAGACUUCGCAUAAAGAUGAAAAGCCAAUGGAACAGAAGGCGGGAAUUGGUGGUGUUAAGGAGGAGGAGAAAAAGAAGCUCAAAAAGCAGAAUGUGAAAGAUGACAAGGGUGAGAUGAAGGACAAGACUACGAGGGUAGAAAAAGACAAAGAUAAACCGAAAGAAAGUAAAACGAGUAAAGAGAAAGAAAAAUUAAAGAAAAAGGAUAAGGACAAGAAAAUAGUUAGUGAUAGGGAGGGGAAAGGAAAGGAGAGAGACAGCAAGAAACAGGGUGAAAAGAAAUUAGUAAAGAAAAGCAAAGAGGGAAAGGAAAUAGGAAAGAAAAGCAAAGAGGGAAAAGAGAAACGGAAGAAAAAAGAUAAGGAUAAGAAAGAGGAGUCCUCGGGUAAAAAACGUAAGAGUAAAAAGAAACACAAGAAACAUAAACGGCAUAAAAAGGGAAAAAAUAGGGGAGAGAAGGCUGGCAGUGAAGAAGAGGAGGCAGGGAAUAACUUUGAAAGUAAGGAGAAUGAAAAUAAGGAUGAAUCAUCUGAGGCUGGCAACCCUGAUGGUAAAACUACCACAGAUGAAGAAAAAGAUGAUCGAGGAACCGAUGGAGCUGGGCAUCAGGAAGAAAGUGAUGAGGAAGGAAGUGAUAGUGAUGAAGGAGAUAAAGAAGAUAUGGAGGAGGAUGGAAAAGACCAAGAGGGGAAAAAAGUACACGAGAGUGAUGAUGUCUGGGAGAAGUCGAGUGAAAGUGAUGAAGAUAUGGCAGAGAACGGAAGCGACUUGGAGGAACAAGACUGCAGAAAAGCUAAGACGUCUAUGGCUAAAGUAAGUGAAGUGAAAGGGAAGAAUCAAAGAGAAGAGGAAUUACUAGAAAGUGAUCAGGAGGCUGAAAAAAGGGUGAAAGGAAAUGAAGAGAGGCUUGAAGGAAAGGAAAGCGACACUGAUAAUGAUUUGAUGGAAAAGAAAUUGCUCGAAAGUGACAACGAUAGUGACCGAGAAGCUGAAAAUACUAAAGAUUGUAAACCAGAGGGUGAACAGAAUGUUGAGAAAGUGGAAGAAGAAGAGAUGGAAAAACACGAGAGCGAUAGAGAAAAUGAAGUGAAGACUGGAAAUGGUCAGGAGGGAUUCCAUCCAGAAUUAAGUGCUGAACGAUCCAAAGAGGAAGAAUCAAGAUUUACUGCGAAAAAACGAGAAAAUGGGAACCAUCAAGUAGAACUGCAAGAGGAUAAGAAUAGAUAGAUACCUAACAAAUUUUGUGUAUAGUUAAACAAAUCAAAAGUAUAACAUCAAACUUCUCGCUUCUGUCGGUAAGAUUUCUAUCCUUUGACCAACCAGAUGGGGGAGAGAGAGAGAUCAGACCAGAUGUGAGAGCGAUCUUCCGAAGUUGAACUGCCUUUGAUUUUAAUGAACUUGUUCGUCUUUGUUUUGAUUUGUCCUGUGGUGACUCGUAACGGGAGCAUACAGUGCUGUCCAUCAUCAGGGUGAAAGGGUCCUAGGAAGGUUGAGUCACAAUGACUCUUCCCAUGUUUCUAUCAUAUGUUAAUUAUUAGGUUAAAAAAAAAAAAAAGAAAAGAAAAGAAAACCACUAGGUUUCAAAUAGGUUGAAAUUGUACCUAACUGCUUAAGAAAAACGAGACCAGUCAAAUCCACAGUGAAACUGUACAAAAAAAAUUUAAAUGCUCCGUUAUCAAACAUUAGUGCGUCAUGUUGAACUGACACUUAGCUUUUCUAAUACCUGUUUAUUAAGUAUGCUUGAAUAACCGUGUGGUAAU